AUGAGUUUACGCGAAAACCGCCCCCCUCGACUGGCAUCUAGGCCAGUGCUGACUAAGAAGACAUCUCUGAACGGCCUUCGAGAGUUCAAAUCGAAGCCAACUUCUGUUUCGAGCGACAAGCCAUUGAUCAAGACGGCUGGGUUGAAAACAGCUCUACGUACUCGCACCAUUCGUUCUUCCCCUCGAGCUUCUGUAAGACCUGUAUUGUCGCCAGGCAAAAGAAUCGGUCUUCGUCAGCCUGACUUCAACCCCAAGGUUGCAGCAGCUAUUGCUAGAGAGGAGAUUAUACAAGGAGAAGCUAAAGCGGCUAAAGUAUCGGAGGAUACAGCAUGGUCACCAGUUGGUCACGGACACCCAGAUCAUCCUGAAGAUCCAUCAGAGACUUCGCUCUCUCAAUUGUUGAGUAAAGCCGGUAUUGCACCCCCGCUUCCUUCAAAGAGCUCACGAAGAUCGUUGGUAUCUACCUAUACCACCAUUUCCGAUGACGAAAAUGAAGAUCUGGAAGAGAAAAUUCGAAAUGCCCUUACUCCACCAGAAUUUGCUCGCAGAGCACAAACCCCAUCCAGCAUCAAGUCUGUCAGAUGGGACCCUGCUAUCAUCUCGUACGGUAGCAUCAAAUCCGGUAUCAAAGCAAGGCAUUCAUCUCCAGAACCUGGCUCUCCAUGCCCCAAAUCACGAAACGAUUUUGCGAAAGCUUUGAGAACUAUCUCGCAAUUGGAUAAGAAAGAACAGAGGGCUGUCUGCAAACUACUACUAGCAUUGGAUGUAACCGAGUCCGACGAGGAGCCAAUUAUAUCCCCUAAAUCCCAUGGGGAGAAGAGCUUGGAGUGCGUAGCAGAAGAGAAGGUCACCAAAAAGCUCAACCCAGAAGCACCAGUCUUUCGCGACUUUUCGAUCCUGAAAAAGAACAUUGUCCAGAACAAAAAUAUUGACGAAGGAGAGCAAGGUGACAAGGCUGUUCCGAGAGUCAACUGUCAGCCUCCAGUCGUUACAUCCACGCUCCGGGAGGCAUUUACUAAGCCCGCUCAACCACCUAUUGUUACUUCUACGCCCCUCAAAUCAAAACGGGACCCAAAAGAACCUACUUGGGUCAACAUUUUCAACCCACCACCGCCUGAAGAUAUGCCUCAAGGUUUCCCAGCUUUACCUGCUGCUGUUACUAAUAGUGGCGAGACUUCUAAAGUAGCCCCUAUGCCAGAUUUGCAGACUUCACAGCCAUUGCAACCCAUGUUUCCGUUUCAUCCGUUUCCUAUGGGCAUGCCAGGUCUCACGGAUUCGGUCUGGGUGCAGAUACCUAUGCACAUUCUCCAAAAUCCUUAUGGCUUGCCACCCAUGAUACCGCCUCAAGGACCUUGGAACAACGCAACUAUUGACCAUACUACCGCGGCUCCGCAAAUUUCCCAGGCUCCUCGUGCCCCUCGUGCUGCCGCUCAGUCAACGCCACCCAAUCCGCCAAAAGUUUGCCGACCUCCAGUCAAGCCAAGAAUGCCCAGAGGGCCACUCAUAGACGUGUCUUCAUCAUUCAUCCCCCCUGACGAUGGUCCUUGCCGAGUUACACAUGCAGAUAACCUUAACGAAGCCUGGCGCCAGUCACUUUUGGACAAAUUCAUCGCCAAGUAUCCACAAACAGGAACUGCCAGUGAAAAGGCUCAAGCUCAAGCACCAGGUCAUAUGCCUCAAGCAGCAGCGAUUCAACAACAUCUUGAAUUGCUUAUCUUCCAGGAGAGGGAGAGAACCGCACUCGAGGGAGGUGUUUCCAGGAAGAAUAAGCGAAAGUUUUCAGCAAAUGGGUUUGUUGACCAUGCGCCAGCCAAUGAGCCUGGCAACAGCAAAGGUCCUGCAGCGUGGGAGUGA